AUGGGGAUGGCCAAACUGUUACUGACCGGCGUCAUUCUCUUCCUGCCACCCUCGGUAACUGCACUCAGCCGCCAUCCAAAGCUGCUUCUCAUAUCAAUGGACGGCUUCCGAUAUGAUUUAGUUAAACCCCAUUUAGUACCGUUUAUUUAUGAAUGGGCCACUAAAGAGACUUGGUUUACUAACGGCAUGAGACCACAGUAUGUCAGUUUCACAACUCCAAAUCAUAUGGGUAUAGCUACAGGGCGUCAUGCAGAAAGUCAUGGUAUCGUUUCCAAUAAGUUCUACGAACACGAUCAAUUGUCUAACACUCUCCAUUUGUAUGAUUACUAUAAUUUCUCCGGAACACCUGGAAUCUUAGAGGAAUCUAGAAAGCCUUCAUGGUACUUGGGAGAACCGAUAUGGAUCACAAACGAAAAAGCAGAUGCAACUCGACAUUCCGCUUGCCUUCAAUGGCCGGCCUGUGAUGCAAAUUAUCCCAAUGCAAAUAAGCCGAUGUACUACACAAGUUGGACAAAACAUCAAAAGCCUGAUGAUUGGAUGAAGGAUAUAGAUACGAUCAUUGAGUUUUUCACAAGAGAGGACUAUCCAAUGAAUUUCGUUGCAUGGUACAUAGAAGAGCCUGACCAUACUCUUCAUGGGCACGGCUUCAAUGACGGUGCGUUAGAAAAGAUUCUCGCCGAACUCGAUACAACUUUCAAACGCCUGAUUGAUGAAUUGCGGAAGCAUGAUCUGCUUCGAUAG